UCACAACAAGGCGGCUGCAUCUACAAAGACUCAGCAGAACCCAGAAAACACAAGACACAGGAAGAAGACGUGAUGAGAUGGAGGAGGAGGACAAUGAAGACACAACAGAUGGAGAACAGUCUAAACUCAUGUCUGCAGUCCCAUCUGUGACAAAUGAUAAAGAUACGUUGACAGAGAAUUUAGCUGAAACCAAAGUGAAGUGUGAUUUAGUAAAUGAGGCUGAACACUCAGAGAACAAUGAUGUAACCAAGUCUGAAGCCAAGUCUUCUGCAACCAAUGACAGAGGCUUUGACACUUCAACAGGAGCGGCUGACCAAGUGAAAGACAUCCAAACUAAAGGAAGCAGUGAAAUUAGUGAGCAGAGAAGUGAAACACUGGAGGACACAAGUACAACACCUCAGACUGCUUCAACUGGUAGCAAAGAAAUCAUACCUGAACUCACAAUUGUGUUAAUUGGCGAAACAAAUUCCAUUGAGAUUGGAUCAAAAAACCUCUUAGUUGACCAUGAUGAGCAAACAAAUGUGGAACAGUUUUCACCCAAACUGUAUGAUUUGUGUGGUCAACACAUCUCUGUCAUCAACAGGCUUGGUCUUCAAAACAUUGGCAAAUUCCCCUUAAAACAGGAAAUUCAUGCAUUUCUCUUACUGUUACCAAAUGGUCAGCAUGACAGCCAUUACACUAGAGGAGUGCAGUGGUUAGAAAAAUAA